CUCCCAUAUGUUAUGCCUCUUCUUACGAUUCAUUUGCUAUAUAGGCUCAUCUCCCAUUCCUUACCGGUACAAAUACAAUUAAUAUUUCGCCAUGGCGACUUCUUCCUACAAGGAAAAGGUCGUAAAAAUGAUCAAGUGCUUCUGCGGAUGCAGUGACAUGACCGUCGAGGAAGUGCAGCGCAUCUACACGCUGACAAACAGUGUCCACGAAACACUGCUAGAUGCCGAGGCCACAAAGCUGCUGCGCCGCUUCAUGGAGCUGAGACGGUCCGGCGACAAAAACGAGGCUGAACAGUAUUUGGAAAUAUACGAAAAGUGUGCGGAAUUUCUGCAGGAGGCGCAAAAAACUUUUACCCAGGAUGAAGUGGACGAACUCUGUGAUCUGGGGCUUCCCCGCGACUUGGAGCAGGACCUGUCCAAACGCAUGCUCAGCGGUCAACGUACAGACAUAAGUCUCGGCCUUUAUCGUAUACAGAGCAAAUGCCGCAACGAGAUUGAGGCCAGCGGCGACUUCCGAGAAUUCCGCGACGCCAUACGGGACAAGCUGCGCCGAAUCCCAAAAUGAUAUAUCUGGGAAAUCCCCAAGCAACAGUUGGUGCUCUUUGUGUUCAUGCUACUAUAUACACAUACCAAAGUCAAGAUGGUACCUUCUAUAACCGCACUAAACCUCGUCGUCUUUGAACUUAGCAGUGCCUUUAUGCCCUCCACAUUCUUCACACUAAUCUUAAGUCCCACAUCUAUAGUCUCCGUGCAACGAACCGAAUCGAAUUCCACGUCAGCGAUAA